UCUCCACGGCCUCACGGCCCGCCAUGACACUGCACCUGCAGGACCACCGCCCCGGCGCCCCGGCGGCCCUGACCUUGAGUGGAGAAGCCACAGUUACUUCCUGAAGGCAGCACACGCUGUGAGGGGCCCACUCGGCCCGGGCUCAUCCUACCUGCAGCUAUGGAGAACCAUCAGGACUUCCGGAGCCUCCAAGCCAAGUUCCAGGCCUGUCAGGCAGAGCCCAGUGAACUCCCCAAAAAACCCUCAAAGCCAGAAGUUAAGCUUUUGAAGAAGCCCCCACAGCCUCAGUUCAUCGGUCUCCCCAAGAAGCUCCCUCACCCCGAGUUCACCAAUCCCCCACAAAAGCCGGCCAAACCUGAGUUCAGCGAUCUCUCCAAGAAACGUCCUCAGCUCGAGUCCAGUCCAUCUCCCAGGAAGCCCCCGCAGCCUGAGGCCACCGAAGCCCCUCAAAAGGCCUCACAGCCGGAGCCUGGCACACUUACCCAGAAGUCCCUGAAGCCUGAGCUCAGCACCCCUGCCAAGCCCCCCCUAGAACCCAAACCCAAUGCGUUCCCCAAGAAAUUAUGGCAGCCUGAGGCCAGCGAGGGCCCCCCAAGGUCCUCGCAGACCGAGUUGGGUACCUUGCCCAAGAAGCCCCCGCAGCUUGAGUUCAGUGCGUUCCCCAGGAAACUCCUGCAGCUCCAGGUCGGUGGCCUCCCUGGGAAGUCCUCGCCACAGCCUGAGUCCAGUGAGGUCCCCCAGGGGCCCCCCUUGAAGCCUGGGUCCACUGAGCCCCAUCCCCUCUCCCCAAAGCCUGACUUGGGCCCCUUUCCCAGGAAGACCCUGCAGCCUCAGCCUGGCACCCCCAAGAGACCCCUCCAGCCUGAGUCCAGUGAGUUCCCCCAAGUGGCCCCCUCAAAGCCCGAAUCUCCAAAGCCAGGCUUCAGUGCCUUUCCCAAGAAGGCCCUGCAGCUGGAGUUUGGUGACCUCAGCAGGACGUCCUCAGAGCCAGAAGUCAGCGUGCUUCCCAAGGGGCCAUGGCAGCCCGAGCUGAAGGCCCCUUCCAAAAAGCACCUGCGCCCUGAGUUGGGCGGCCUCCCCAGAACGACCUCCGAGCCCGAGUUCAGCUCGCUCCCCAGAAAGUUCUCACAGCCUGAGUGCAGGAGGCCACCCCACAAGUUCUCCCAGCCAGAGCCCCAUGCGCUGCCCAAGAAGAGCCUGCAGCCUGAGUUCUGCCGGGGUCUCCCUAAGAAGAGCCCACUUCCGGGCUCGGUGUCUGAGAGCUCACUGCCCACUGCUGUGGUGGGCUCUGGCCAGCUUGGAGCUGCUGGGAUGCCCCGCUGGAAGUCCGAAGACCUCAAAGGCCGCCAGCCACCCCCUCGGCGGCCCCUGCCCCCAGCCAGCAGCCUGGGGCCCCCUCCAGCCAAGCCCCGGCUUCCCCCAGGCCCCCUGGACAUCCAGAGCUUUCGGAGGCUCUCGGCAGCAGCCACAGGCGUGAGGAGGACCCGCUCUUCUGCCGGGACGCACUUCCAGGCCCUCCAGGAGCGACAGUUCCCACAGGACCCGGACGAGAUCUACGAGAUGUACGACGAAGUGGAGCCCACAGAUGACUCCAGUCCCGGAACCAGGGCCAGAGGUGAAGUGCCAUCUUCCCAGCAAGCCACCAGGAAGCCAUCACAAGAUCCAGAGCUCAGGGGGGCCAGGAAGGAGAAGAGCCCCCAGCCACAGCAGGUGCCACCUACGGACCCAAAGGUGCUGAAGCAAAUGAGGAAGGCGGAGAAGGCAGAGCGGGAGUUCCGGAAGAAGUUCAAGUUUGAGGGGGAGAUUGUGAUUCACACGAGGAUGAUGAUCGACCCCAAUGCCAAGACCCGCCGUGGGGGCGGCAAGCACCUGGGAAUCCGGCGCGGAGAGAUCCUGGAGGUCAUCGAGUUCACAAACAGAGACGAGAUGCUGUGCCGGGACCCCAAGGGCAAGUAUGGCUAUGUGCCCAGGACGGCGCUCCUUCCCCUGGAAACGGAGGUGUACGACGACGUGGACGUUGGCAUCUGGGAUCCCCUAGAGAACCAGCCAUUUCCUCGGGGACAGUGAGUGAGGAGCACAGGAGGGCCCAGCAAACCACCUGCUACCCAGGAGCCCUGAGCCCAGCCUGGCACACAUGCAAGACCACAUAAAUCUUUUUAAAGCCAGCCCUCGUCUGUCUUUCCCUGCCGAAUGACACAGCACUGUGUACCUGUGGGGUCACCCCCAGCCCAGUUCCGUGGUCUCACCCUGUAGCUAUAAAAGCAAGGAAGGAGAAAAGCCAGCUAGCUGUCUGCCGUGGUGGGAAGGGCUGGGCAGCAGGGUGCACCCCGCACAACCCCGCACAGGACGGGCUGCAGACAGUCUGAGCCCCUCGGAACCUGUCCCGACUGUCCACCAAGUGGCUCUGCGAGAACUUUCCAGUCUCACAGAGCCCAGGGACCCAAUGCAGCCUGAACCUCUGACGGGGCCAAAGACGCUCAGAACUCGCACUGCUCCUCCGUCUGCUGGGGA